UGGUCUUCUUUUUUUUAGUUCCUGACGAGUCGAGUGUCUCAGCGCUAGCACUGCAGGGACAUUACUUGGAAAUUACAGUUUUUCUGCUGUCGCUGAUAACUGAGUAUUUCGAAAACUUAUACACUUGAGCGCCGUGUUUAAAGCGUACAGGUUCAUGUUGUCAGAGCGCGCCGCUUGGUUGGUGCGCGCGACAUGCUGCCCAGGAAGAGUCUCGUGCCCGAGGAGCUCGCGCUGGCCGCGCUGGCGUCGCGCGCCAGCCGCCGGGCGGUCUUCCGCGAGCGGGUCAACAAGGCGCGCUUCAUCGCCAAGAGCGGCGCGUGCAACCUCGCGCACAAGAACAUCCGCGAGCAAGGCCGCUUCCUGCAGGACGUGUUCACCACGCUCGUGGACCUCAAGUGGCGCUUUACGCUGGUCAUCUUCACCAUGACAUUCCUGUGCAGCUGGCUGCUCUUCGCCAUGGGCUGGUGGCUCGUGGCGUUCGCGCACGGGGACCUGGACGCGACGCGCAAAGCCGAAUUUGAGCAGUGCGUCACUAAUGUCAAGUCCUUCACCUCAGCCUUCCUGUUCUCCAUCGAGGUUCAGGUGACGAUUGGAUUUGGCGGCCGCAUGAUCACGGAGCAGUGUCCCACUGCCAUCAUGGUCUUGAUCCUGCAGAACAUCGCCGGGCUCAUCAUCAACGCCGUCAUGCUGGGCUGCAUCUUCAUGAAGACGGCCCAGUCGCACCGUCGUGCCGAGACCCUCAUCUUCAGCCGGCAUGCCGUUAUCUCCGUGCGCAACCACCGUCUCUGCUUCAUGAUCCGCAUGGGCGACCUGCGCAAGAGCAUGAUCAUUGGGGCAGCUGUGCGCCUGCAAGUGGUCCUCAAGACCACCACCCCGGAAGGGGAGGUCAUCCCCAUCCACCAGAUCGACAUCCAGACUGAUAACACCAUCACCGGCAAUACCAUCUUCCUGCUUGCGCCCCUCAUCAUCUGCCAUGUCAUUGACAGGGACAGCCCCCUGUACGACCUCUCGGCCAUGGAGCUCCAGUGCAGCGACCUGGAGAUCAUCGUCAUUCUGGAGGGGGUGGUGGAGACCACAGGCAUCACCACGCAAGCACGGACCUCCUAUGUGACAGAGGAGAUCCUGUGGGGUCACCGCUUUGUUCCCAUCGUGAGCGAGGAGGAAGGCGUGUACUCCGUGGACUACUCCAAGUUCGGCAACACUACGAAGGUGGCGACGCCACAGUGUAGCGCCCGCGAGCUUGACGAGACACCCUCCAUCCUAAUGCAGACGUUACAGAAGAGCGAAGUCUCCCAGCAGAGCUUGCUGCGCAAGCGCAGCUCUCUUCGGCGCAACAGUUCCAUGCGCAAGAAUGUCUCCUUCCGACGCAACAACUGUGCCAUCUUGGCGCCAAAGGUGCAGUUUGCGACGGCACAGGGCAGUUAGGAUGUGGCUGUCAUAUGACAGCAGGUCCCAUCUUCACUGAAAGUCUCCCAUACCAUAGGUAGGUCUUCUGUAGGUCUUUCAGCUGCUAUGUUUAAUUCCUUCUUAUGGAAGGAUAUUUUCUUCGACUUGUAGUUUCCUGAAAACCACAACAUAAUAUAUAUGUAUUCACAUCUGUUUCUUUUUUUUUUUUUUUGCUUCUGGCCUUGCACUAAAAAUACUGGGAAAUGAUUGCAUAAUUAUGCUGUUAGUUAAAAGUCUUCAAGCUAUUCAUGUCUCUUUGAAAGCCAAAGUCACUGAAAAAUGUGGAAUUGAGGAUAUACUGUAGGUGUUUUACCCACCCUUUUUGUGUCAAAAUAUAUACAUUUAAAAAUUCAAAUUCAAAUUU